AUGGCGGACGAAUCCCAGUAUACAGAAUCGGACAUCUGGACCUCUCCAAACCAUAAUGCACCGCUAGCCGAACGUCCCAAGACACCCAAAACGCCCAAGACGCCCAAAACCCCGACGGUCCAUUCCGAACGACGGGCAGAACCAGUUGACCGCGAUGCUGCUCUCCGCAAGGAACUCGAAGGAGUCCGCAGUAUAAAUGAAUCGCUGGAGGGUGUCAUUGCGACUUUGGAACGCGCAGGAGGGAACAUGAAUACCGUAUCCCAGACCGUGGCGAAUGCAUCUACCCUGCUCAACACAUGGACCAGAAUGCUGUCACAGACAGAGCACAAUCAACGAUUAAUCCUGCAUCCAAGUUGGAAGGGCGCUACCGAAGAUCUGGCGGAACAGGAGGCAGAGGCGCUCCGCAAGCAGCAAGCCGAGAUAAGAAAGGCUGCUGAAGAAGAGGAACGAAAGCAAGAGCUGCGCCGUCGCCGCGAAGAAGAAGAGGAGAAAAGGAGAUUAGGUACAGCAACCUCGACCCGAGGAUCGCGAGGUAUUGCUGGUAGUCGUGGGUCCGUUCGAGGUAGGACGAGGGCUAGUUCUAUCGGGAGAGGAGCCUCAAGCUCUUCGACGGCUGCGGGAGCAAGCUCCAGCAGCCGUGGUACCUCAAAUAUAGGCAGGGGGUUCGGCACGAAUAGAGGUCGCUCAAGAGGC